AUGCGAGAGGCGCAAUUAACGCCGGAGGUUCAGGUGUGCGACAACAUCGAUCUUGAGAGUAUUUUAAUGGAUUACUCCGAUUACCACCUCUCAAGGUUCAAUAAGCUACCAAAAAUUUGUAAGAAGGUUGAGAAUUCUGGGGUAUUGAAGGAAAUCUCGUCUCUCCCCAAUAUCCCCAGUAAAAAGGAGAAAAUAAAACCGAGAAAACCCGAUCCUGAGGACUCCCCUGAUGAAAGAAAAAGUCUCAAUAUCCCGGAAGCGGAGGAUAAUUUUGGCAUGACUAUCAUCCCAAUAUCAUCCGAGUCCAUCAAUAAAUCAAGACCCAAAGAUCGAAUUUCCGGUGACCGGAAAUUACUGCGAUCUCUCGAUGAAUUAUUUCCACGUGGCUCGGAGUAUCGUGACAUAGCUGACGUUAUAAUGAGGGAAGUCAUGUUAAUGGACUUAAACGUAAGAUGGAGUGAUAUUGUUGGGCUUGAAGACUGCAAACAAGUGCUUGAGGAGGCGAUUAUUUAUCCAAUUAGAUAUCCAGAUAUUUUUUCUGGAAAAUUUACACCUUGGAAUGGAGUUUUGCUUUAUGGACCCCCUGGCACAGGGAAGACAAUGUUGGCUAGAGCAGUUGCAACAGAAUGCAACUGUACAUUCUUCAAUAUUACCGCUAGUACUCUUAUCAGUAAGUGGAGGGGAGACUCGGAAAAAUAUGUAAGAGUUCUCUGUGAUUUAGCGAGGCAUCAAGCACCAUCGAUCAUUUUCAUCGAUGAGAUUGAUUGGAUUACUUCGGGGGAUAAUGACGCUGGGACUUCUUCUGAGCCUGCCAGGAGGUUCAGGGCUGAAUUACUGGCGAGAUUAGAUGGACUGGUGACACUCCAUGGAUCCAGAGUCGUUCUCCUCGCGACUACUAAUGCUCCUUGGAAUUUGGAUGCAGCUCUGCUGAGACGUUUAGAAAAACCUGUUUUAAUAAAUCACCCAACAGUAUCUGCUCGACGACAAAUGCUGAAGUACUACACAUCCCCAACGCUUCACAAACAGAACGAUUUCGAGCAAUUGAUAAAGGAGACUGAAUUCUACUCUGGAUCAGACUUGAAGCAGAUGUGCAAAGAGGCCUGGAUGAUUCAGAUGCGACAGUACAUCUCCGCAGAACGAGAAAAAGACGUAAAUAAAUCGAAAGUGCCAGAUCAGAUAAAUUCGAUGGAUGUACUCAAGACUGCCAGAAAAAUAAUUCUACCCACAACGAAACACUUGACUGACAGAUAUAAAGAAUGGGAAUCAAGAGUUAAGUAA